CCGUGUUCAAAAACAGGCCUCUCGCCUUUAAAGUGAGUUAUCGCAUUGAUCAACUCUAGCAUCGUCGCUUUAGAGUCUGUAAAUCAUCCUGGACGUUUCAGUUGAAAGACGGUUAAAAAGUGAGGGUAUGAUUUCUACUGACAGGUAUCCCCAAGUGUAGCACCAACAACUCCUCCCACUCGACCCUGUCAUCAUCGCAGGAGAAGCAUCCUCCUCUCUGAGGAGCUGUUCCUCUGCCUGACUUUUCACAGUCCGGUGCCCCGACAGGACUCAGCGGUCAUGGCCGGCAGUCUGACCCACCACAGCUCCCCGAACCCCGGCUAUAGCACCAACAACGCGGUCCCGGUGCCGGUCAUCACGCAGACGGAGUCCCGAGACAAAUGGAGCAAAAAGAUGGAUUUUCUCCUGUCUGUGAUUGGCUUUGCUGUGGACCUUGGGAAUGUUUGGAGGUUUCCGUACAUAUGUUAUCAAAACGGUGGCGGUGCUUUCCUUAUUCCCUACAUUUUGAUGGCCAUCUUUGGUGGUGUUCCGCUCUUCUACAUGGAGCUGGCACUGGGACAGUUUCACAGAACUGGAGCCAUAUCAAUAUGGAAACACAUCUGUCCCAUUUUCAAAGGUAUAGGAUACGCCAUCUGCAUCAUCGCUCUGUAUGUGUCCUUCUACUACAACACCAUCAUCGCCUGGGCCCUCUUCUACUUCUAUUCCUCGUUCUCCAGCAUCUUGCCUUGGACUAACUGCGACAAUGUGUGGAACACCCCCGACUGCACCAACUAUUUUGGCAUGGACAACAUCACCUGGACAAAUGCCUCCAGGUCUCCGGCAGAGGAAUUUUACACGAGGAAUGUUCUUGAGAUCCACAAGUCAUCUGGGCUGAGAAAUGUUGGUGGGGUUCGCUGGCAGCUGAUGCUUUGCCUUUUUCUCAUUUUCACCAUAGUGUACUUCAGCCUGUGGAAGGGCGUGAAGACUUCAGGGAAGGUAGUGUGGGUGACCGCCACAUUGCCCUAUAUUGUGCUUUUUAUCCUGCUCAUUCGAGGCGCCACUCUGCCAGGAGCCUGGAGAGGUGUGGUGUUUUAUCUCAAACCACAGUGGGGAAAGCUGCUGGAGACCAGUGUGUGGGUGGACGCUGCUGCUCAGAUAUUCUUUUCUCUGGGCCCAGGGUUCGGGGUCCUCUUGGCUCUUUCAAGCUACAACUCUUUCACAAACAACUGCUAUCGCGACGCCAUCGUGACCAGCUUGGUAAACUGUCUGACCAGCUUUGUGUCGGGCUUCGUCAUCUUUACGGUGCUGGGCUACAUGGCAGAGAUGAGGCAAGUGGAGGUUGAGGAUGUAGCCAGAGACAAAGGACCGAGCCUACUCUUCAUCACCUACCCAGAGGCCAUUGCAAACAUGAUGGGCUCGACCUUUUUCGCGAUCAUCUUUUUUGUGAUGAUGAUCACACUGGGACUGGACAGCACGUUUGGAGGGCUGGAGGCGAUCAUCACUGCUGUGUUGGAUGAAUAUCCAGAUCAGCUCUAUCACAGACGGGAACUUUUUGUUCUGUGCUUGGUGGUUGUCUGUUUUUUAGGCUCUCUGAGUACCCUUACCAAUGGUGGUGCCUACGUGGUGAAGCUGCUGGAGGAGUUUGGAGUUGGAAGCUCAAUUAUUGCAGUGGGUUUCCUUGAGGCUAUUGCAGUUUCCUGGUUCUAUGGAAUCCAUCGAUUUAGCAAUGACGUUCAGGCUAUGCUUGGGAAAGCCCCGGGACUGUUCUGGAAAGUGUGCUGGGUUGCUAUCAGUCCUGCGUUUCUGGCGUAUAUCAUUGUGAGCUCCCUGCUGAAAGCACCACCCCUCGCACUGUUUGAUUACAAGUACCCGGACUGGAGCAUCAUAGUCGGGUACAUCGUUGGCUUAUCAUCCUUCAUUUGGGUCCCAAUCUACAUGGUCUACAAGCUGGUGUGGACCCCUGGUUCCCUCAAACAGAGAUUGGCCGUGUGUCUGAGGCCCGAGAGGACAAUACCAGACAUCCACGCUGAGAACCUCAACAUGGCCACUGUACCAUAGAGAGAUAAACAUCUCUGUGUGCUUUUAGAUUGCCAUUAAAACCACAGUUGUAGGUUUGUUUAUGGCUGAACCUAAACAUGAUCUAACAUUAUGACUGAUUACCAGUUAAUGGUGUUGAACUCUCACUGCGUAUGUACACUCUGUAUAAAGGUAAAUGCUGCUAAAUUUUUAAUUUUGAGAGGAUUUGAGAUACUCAUAUCUCUGCCCUGUGUGUGUGUGUGUGUGUGUGUGUGUGUGUGUGUGUGUGUGUGUGUGUGUGUGUGAGAGAGAGAGAAACAGAAACGAUAGAGAGAGAGCGAUUCAGACCUGCGCCACCAGGAUAGUUUAGAGUUUUCUCGUUUUGCUUUCUUGUGGUUGUACAAGUUAAGUGGUAAAAUCUGUGGUCUCUUUUCAUCUUAUAAAGAUAGAUGAUGCCAAGGAACAUGGGAAUAUUUGCAUGGGAACAUUUCUAUAUUUUAUGUACGUUGUUGCUUUGCAUGCUCAGCUUUACUAACAGUGGGAUCAUCAGUGUUGCAGUUGUAGCAGCAGUGAGGCUAUCAUAGUUAAUCUCGGUUGAGUGAGUCAUUUCGUGUUAUUUACAACCAAAACCUGAGGUAAAUAACAAAAGAGUGUAUUACAGUGUAUUUGAUGUAUUUUGUAUUUAGACAGUAGGUCUGUAAUACAGUGCUUGCAUAGGAUUUUAAAGGCAGCAGCUUGAAGAAGUAAAAGUUGAAAAAGUUGUUUUUUCCCUACUAGUGUUUGCAGUGGAGGUAAGUGAGACUCUCAGACAAAGACCGUGUUAAAAGUGUAAUCUUCUUAUCAUAACUGUGAGUGUAUGUUUCACAGUUAAAGUAGACACUACUACAAUAUGUAAAAGAAUCUCAUGAUUAAUUUAAAUGAGACUGUUGAAUAUUUUCUGGUCUUUGUCUGAUAGCUUCAUUUAACUCCAGAUAGCCUGUCUUGCCUUAAUAUGAAUACAUGCUAUACUGUAUUUGCAAAACUUGGAAAGGUUGUAUUGAUAUCUAUGGAUUCUGUGCCUCUCCAGACAAUAUUUCCACUUUCUAAUUUGAGACUGUUCAAAUGUUUGUUUGCUUGUUUGUUUGUGUUUUGCAUAUAAAUAGUAGCUCUGUUUUAGUGUUACCUUAUCUGAAAUGCUUUAUCCUUUAUUUACAAUUAGGGAACGAUGUGAUGCCCGAGGUUGAUGAUUGUUCUGUGCUUUCUGUUCUCUUCGGUGUGGUUUCUGUAGACAUGUGUGUGUAAAUGAAUUAUAGCAUAAAUGGCGUAUUUUAUCGUUUGUACUCCUUUUCAAUAGAACAGAUUAAAUGUGACAAAAGGAAGAAAAACACUGCAUAAGAUUUAUGGCGGUUAAAUUCCACUAUUU